CAGAACACAGCGAUGGAAGGCAGCAGCGGAGACACAAUAGCCUUUACGGGUCAGGACGAGAGCAUGGCAGUGGCGGCGAUGGCAGAGGCAGCUCGCUUUUACGUGUACGCUUACAACACCAGCACUCUAGUGACCACGGCGGGCCUAGCGCUGGGAAUCUUCUUCAUCGUUACCUCUAUCGCUCUCUACGCCUAUUACUACUCCAGCGCCGACCAGUCCAAGCGUUCUGACAGGAGUUGGGAGCAAGAGGGAGGGAAAGAUAACGGCCUUCCGGACACGUCUCGAGUGGUGGGCGUGCUGGGGCUGCUGGAAGAGGCGUGGGCGGGCUACGGCGUGAAGGAGCAGGCGUGUAGGAGACGUGUGUCCUGCGAGGCUGAGCUGUGGGUGUCCCAAGGGGUGACCAUGCCGUCAGCUGUCCUAUUGUCUCGUCUGAUUGGGCAAAUCACGUACGACGACCUAGUGGAGGUGUCCGUGAGCAAGGCGACCGAAGUAUGGGCGUUACGUCAGGCAGCGGAGCGCGGCAGGGCGGAACGUGACUGCCAGGCGUACGAGCAGCAGUGUCCCCACGUGUCCAUAACGAGCAUCCGUAGAAAAUGAGGGUUUGGGACACGGAAGGGAUGACGGACUGACUGACUGACUGACCUACUCUCUCUCUCUCUCUCUCUCUCUCUCUCUCUCUCUCUCUCUCUCUCUCUCUGGCAGGGUUAUUUUUCAAUUGUCAAGUUUCCUAUCAUUAAUUUACUUGUUCAAUGGGGUCUUUUUUUUUUUUUUUAACUCAUAAUAGACCUGCCUAUUCUCUGUCUUUCUCUGUCCAUGUCUGUCUGUCUGUUUGUCUGGCGGUCUGUCUCUUUCUCUGUCUAUUUAUUCUUUGUCGUUUCUGUUCAUCAGUUUCGUUGUUCAAUGGUGUCUCUGGUUUUACUACAUAACGGAUCAGCUUAGUCUCUCUCUCUCUCUCUCUCUCUCUCUCUCUCUCUCUCUCUCUCUCUCUCUCUCUCUCUCUCUCUCUCA